CUGCUUCCGUCAACCUCUCAUGUCCUUCGAUUUUGGGGGACCGAAGAUAAUUUAUAGUUCGUAAUCACAUUUUAAUUUAAUCAAUAUUCAUAAGCGACACUUUUUCCUUUUAUACCGCUUUUCGUUGGAUUUAUUCUCAUGUAAAUGUCCUUCGGAUUUCUAUUACUAGACCUCGACGGUGUAUGCCACAGUCCUUCAAAAUAGAAGCGAAACCAUCCUAGUAUUAAAUAUGUGUUGAAAACGUCGGUGGUUCCUUUUCAUACAAGGUUAGAAACGGUUUUCACUGAAGGUUGGUGGGAAAAAAAGGCGUAACCGUGGCGAUUCAAAGGCGGAGUUUAUUGUCUGCAGUGUGCUACAAGGCGGUUAAGGAAGUCUCCGCAGCCGUGUGUCACAGAACAGGCUGUUCCGGGAAAUAUAAAGGACUUCACACCUUCACAAUGCCGGGGAAGAAAGUCUGCAUCGUUGGAUCUGGAAACUGGGGUUCAGCUAUUGCCAAAAUCAUCGGGCACAAUGUCAAAGCGUCAAACCGCUUCGACCCAAUGGUGAACAUGUGGGUCUUUGAGGAGAUCAUCAACGGGAAGAAGCUCACGGAGAUCAUAAACACGGAGCACGAAAAUGUCAAGUAUCUGCCGGGUCACAUGCUGCCCAAGAACGUGGUGGCUGUCCCCGACAUCACAGAUGCCGUGAAGGAUGCAAAGAUCCUCGUGUUUGUAAUUCCACACCAGUUCAUCAACAAACUCUGCAACCAGAUGAAGCCUCACGUGGCGCCGGGAGCUAUUGGGAUAUCCCUCAUCAAAGGCAUCGACGAGGGACCAGAGGGCCUAAAGCUCAUCUCUGACAUCAUCAGAGAGAAGCUGGAGAUUGAUGUCAGCGUCCUAAUGGGGGCCAACAUCGCCAACGAGGUGGCAGACGAGAAGUUCUGUGAAACAACCAUCGGAGCGAAAAACGAGGGAAAUGGCCUCAUCUUCAAAGAGCUAAUGCAGACCCCCAACUUUCGCAUCACCGUCGUUCCCGAGAGUGACACAGUGGAGCUGUGUGGAGCCUUAAAGAAUAUCGUGGCAGUCGGCGCCGGGUUCUGCGACGGCCUCGGUUUUGGCGACAACACCAAAGCAGCCGUAAUCCGGCUGGGGCUGAUGGAAAUGGUCGCGUUUGCCAAACUCUUCUGCAAAGAACAAGUCAGAUCUGGAACGUUCCUGGAGAGCUGCGGAGUGGCCGACCUCAUCACCACCUGUUACGGAGGACGCAACCGCAAGGUGGCCGAGGCCUUCGUCAAAACAUCCAAAUCGAUUGCAGAGCUGGAGGCGGAGAUGCUUAAUGGACAAAAGUUGCAGGGUCCACAGACGUCAGCCGAGGUCUACAGGAUUCUGGAGAAACGGGCCAUGGUCAACAAGUUUCCUUUGUUUGCGGCCGUCUAUCAGAUCUGCUUUGAGGGCAAAGACGUGAAAGAAUUUGUCACCUGCCUGCAGAACCACCCAGAGCACAUGUGAAAUGACUGCAAUGAGAACCCCCUACCACUAGAGGGAGGCAACGAUUCACCACAUCAAACCAAAUGCAACCCAAGACACGAGGACUGAAACAAUUUUACAUUCCAAAAUGAGCUGCAGUGUAGUUUUAAACCUCGUUGGCUUUUCUCUUUUCUUUUCAAAUAAAAAAAAAUGUGGUGUUUAUUAUUGUCAAACACAGAUCAACCUGUAUUAUUUUAAAAGUGUCCUGCUUAUGUUCAAGUUUUAUAUCGCCACAAUUGUUUUUGAUCUCACCAUAAAA